AGCAGCUGAGAGAAGUCUUGCCGUUUCAGCCGCUGGGAGAAGUCUUGCUGUUUCAGCCGCACCACUGUUUUCUGGGGAAUGGCUGCAUGAUUGGGAAUACAUGAGUCUACACAUCUCAUCAAAUCUGAUGUACAAAUCUGAGAUCAUCUGAGAUUUAUUUGUGCACCCUGGAGUGUGUUGGACCACCAUGAGGGGCAAGCUGGAGAUACUGGCCAUGGUGUUCGGCAUCCUCGGCCUGGUCGGCGUGGCCACCAGCACUGGUCUGCCCAUGUGGCGGGUCACAGCCUUCAUCGGCUCCAACAUCAUCGUCAUGGAGACGAUGUGGGAGGGCCUGUGGAUGGCGUGCUACCGGCACGCCGACAUCCAGAUGCAGUGCAAGGUCUACGACUCGCUGCUCAUCCUCAAUUCGGACAUCCAGGCGGCCCGCGGCCUCAUGUGCGCCGCCCUCGUCCUCUCCUGCAUCGCCCUGCUGGUCUCCGCCUUCGCCCUGCGCUGCACCAACUGCUGCCGCGAUGACGAGCGGGGUAAAAACAUCACACUGGCCGUGGGAGGCUGCCUCUACCUGCUGUCCUGCUUGGCUACGCUCGUGCCCGUCAGCUGGACCGCUCACACCAUCAUUCGGGACUUCUACGACCAGCAGGUAAUGGAGUCGCAGAAGAGGGAGCUGGGACAGGCGCUGUACGUGGGCUGGGUGUCGGCCGCGGCGCUGCUGGUGGCCGGCGCCCUGCUGCUGGCCCGCUACGCCCCCCGCAGCAGGAAAGAGGACUCUGAGUACGCCCACGCUCCGGCAACGGAGAAUGAGGAUGAGGUGGCGGUGAAACCAGAGAGGCAAGCGUCAAGCCUCUACCGCGAGAGCCAAUAUGUUUGAACAGGCAGGAGGGACAGAAUGGAAGAAAUAGUAAACUAUCACUAUUCUUAUUUUUAAAGUUCUAACAUUUACACACUCUUAAAACGAACUUGUUGAAAACAACACAGCUUGCGUUGUUUUUAACACAUCUCUGUGUCCAGAUA